AUGUUUAGUACUCAAGAGCCUAUCUCGAGCAACUCUGCUCUUUGCACCAUCAUUCCCCCUGAUCUGCUGGACCACAUCUCCAAGUCUGAUCAUGUCUCCCAAGAAUGUCGUGACAAAGCUGGCAACACAUUGCACCGCGUCAAGCAUUGUCAUCAACUUCGCCGAAUGAUCCAGGCCCAACGACCAGCUCGUAGAUUGCUUGCCGAAGCUCCAACACCAGGUCGCUUAAACCGCACGCUGUACGAUUGCAAGGGUAAAGGCGGUCUCCCACUCGAUCUUAAUCGUGAUGGUGAGAUCGAUCCUAUCCUUCCAAAGGAGCUGCGAGACCUUCCCCGAUGGAGAGGUUCGCUUCUCUUCAGAGAAGGACACACCGUGGCACCCUCGGAUGACCCUAGUGCCGUCAAUGUAUACAACCAAUUCAAAUCUACCUACGACUUCUUUCGAGAGGUCUUCGGACGCGACUCUAUCGACAACCAGGGCCUCCCACUCGUUGGCUGCGUCCACUACGACGAAGCAUCAGACCCGCAUCCCGGAUUCUUCAACGCCUUCUUCUGGCUUGAUGUCAUGGCCUACGGUGACGGCGACGGAGAGAUCUUCCGCAGUUUCACGGAUCUGAUCGACAUCACGGGCCACGAACUGACACACGGAAUCACAGAAAAUACAGCUCAACUCGAAUACGAAAAUCAGGCUGGAGCCCUCAACGAAUCUCUCUCCGAUGUGUUUGGGUCAAUGAUCAAGCAAUGGUCCCAUGAGCCACAACAAACAGCCACCAUGGCAGACUGGUUGAUCGGUCGCGGCCUCUUCUUGAUUCCCAACGCGCGUGCUCUCAGAGACAUGGCGAACCCCGGAACUGCCCACGGCAACACGCGCAUUACCGGCGGCGAUAGACAGCCGCGGGACAUGAGUGGCUACGUCGAGUUCUACCCACCCGUCGAAACCAACGACUUCGGCGGCGUGCAUCAAUACUCCGGCAUCUGCAACCGCGCCUUCUACCUCGUCGCCACCACGCUCGGCGGCUUCUCGUGGGAGAAAGCAGGCAAGAUCUGGUACGACACUAUGAACGACCGUGUUCUGCGGGCGUUAAAGGAUGACCCAUACUUUAAGCGCACUGCGUUUAAGACCUUUGCGGACCUGACUGCCAAGCAUGCUGAGCAAUUUGGCCCGGACGCUGUGAAGGCGGUCAAGGAUGCGUGGACGGACGUCAAGGUCUAUCCGUGGAAUACGAACUGGAGAACUACGGCGCCUAGGGGCCAGACUGUGGCGGAUAUUGGACCUAGCCGGGGAGCUGUGAAGAGUGCGCUUUAA